AAAAUCACCAAACACACGCAGCCACCGACCGACCGAUCGAAGGACCCCUCCUCCGCCGACGUAAGCAGCGGGGGGCUCCCAGAUCUCGCCGGCGGCGGCUGCGGCGGCGGCGGAGGCGGAGGCGGAGGGGGAAGGGGGGAGAUGGCGCUGAACAUGAAGACGCUGACGCAGGCGCUGGCGAAGGCGUCGGCGGUGAUCGAGAAGACGGUGACGACGACGGUGCAGGAGGUGACGGGGCCGCGGCCGCUGCAGGACUUCGAGCUGCUCGAGCAGGCCGGGUCGGGGGGCCCCGGCCUCGCAUGGCGGAUCUACACGGCGCGGCCGCGGGAGGGGGCGCCGUCCGCGCCCUACCCGGUGGUCUCCGUCUGGGUGCUCGACAAGCGGGCGCUCGCCGAGGCGCGGGCGCGGGCGGGGCUCACCAAGGCCGCCGAGGACGCCUUCCUCGACCUCGCCCGCGCCGACGCCGCGCGGCUCGUGCGCCUCCGGCACCCCGGGGUGCUCCACGUCGUCCAGGCGCUGGACGAGACCAAGGCCGCCAUGGCCAUGGCCACCGAGCCGGUGUUCGCGUCCGUCGCCAACGCGCUCGGCUGCCUCGACAACGUCGGCAAGGUGCCCAAGGAGCUCAAGGGCAUGGAAAUGGGGCUACUGGAGGUUAAACACGGGUUGCUACAAGUCUCAGAGACACUAGACUUUCUUCAUAACAAUGCCCAUCUUGCCCAUCGAGCUAUAUCACCCGAGACGGUCUUUAUAACUUUGAAUGGAUCUUGGAAACUUGGUGGGUUUGGUUUUGCUCUUUCUGUUGACCAAGCCACAGGCAGUUUGACAUCAACACAGCAAUUCCACUAUUCGGACUAUGAUGUUGAGGAUACAGCUUUACCUCUUCAACCAUCUCUGAAUUAUACUGCACCAGAAUUGGUCCGAAGUGGAGAUUCUAAAGUUGGCUCGGCUUGUGACAUAUUUAGUUUUGGAUGUCUAGCUUAUCACCUGGUUGCUCGUAGACCACUUCUGGAUUGCCAUAACAAUGUGAAAAUGUAUAUGAAUUCCUUGACGUAUUUAACAAGUGAAGCCUUUUCUAAUAUUCCUGCUGAUUUAGUGGUGGAUUUGCAAAGGAUGCUAUCAGUUGAUGUAGCAUCACGCCCUAGUGCUAUGGCGUUCACAGGCUCUUCCUUCUUCCGGAAUGAUACGCGGUUGCGUGCUCUUCGUUUCCUUGACCAUUUGCUUGAGAGAGACAAUAUGCAGAAGACGGAGUUUCUGAAGGCAUUAUCGGAUAUGUGGAAGGACUUCGAUUCCCGAGUUCUUCGGUAUAAAGUUCUUCCACCUCUCUGUGCUGAGUUACGCAACAUGGUCAUGCAGCCAAUGAUUUUGCCCAUGGUUCUAACAAUAGCGGAAUCUCAGGACAAAGGUGAUUUUGAGCUUUCAACACUGCCGGCCCUUGUUCCGGUAUUUACUUCAGCGUCAGGUGAAACACUUCUUUUGCUCGUGAAGCAUGCGGAUCUUAUUAUUCACAAGGCCACACAAGAGCAUUUGAUAUCACAUGUCCUUCCUAUGCUGGUACGGGCUUAUGAUGACACUGAUCCCCGACUACAGGAAGAAGUACUGCGACGGACAGUGCCAUUGUCUCGUCAGCUUGACGUGAAGCUACUGAAACAGUCUGUUCUGCCACGCGUACAUGGAUUAGCCUUAAAGACUACAGUUGCUGCGGUGCGUGUAAAUGCCUUGCGCUGUUUAGGGGAUCUUGUUCCAUCUUUGGAUAAAGAAGGCAUACUGGAGAUCUUGCAAACUCUUCGGCGUUGUACAGCUGUUGACCACACCGCACCAACACUUAUGUGCACCCUUGGAGUGGCUAAUGCAAUUUUUAAACAGUGUGGUGUUGAGUUUGCUGCGGAGUACGUGAUUCCUCUCGUCUUCCCACUGCUCACAGCACAUCAACUGAAUGUACAGCAAUUUGCUAAGUACAUACUAUUUGUCAAGGAUAUCACAAGCAAGAUUGAGGAGAAGCGUGGUGUGACUGUUACAGAUAAUGGGAAUACAGAGGUAAAAGUAUCACCCUCAUUGGCUAAUGGGAUUCAUUCUGAGCCAUUGUCACGAGGUGUGGGACAAACUGAACAGAUACAAACUGCAAAGGGUGCUGCAUGGGAUGAGGACUGGGGCCCUACUAAGAAAGCAAGCACUCCAUCACAGUCAUCUGAUUCCAAUGCACGGAUGAAGCAACCAUCAGACCCUUUUGAUUUCAGCACUCAAACAAAGCAACCCUCGGCACUUCCUUUUGAUUUCAGUACUCAACAACCUAAGCCAUCAUCUGCAAUCCCGCAAGUGACACCAGCUACAAUUUCGCCUGCACCAUCACUUCCAUCACUGCAAUCUCUUGCACCAAGCUCUGGACCCCAAACUUCUGGUUCAUGUGUUCCUGUUGACAUUGAGUGGCCUCCUAGAAAAAACACAUCGUCUGACUUUAAUGCACCAUUAUCUGUUAGUGAGCAAAGUAAAUCUGGAGGGCUAUCUAGUGAUGGUCUUGCUGAUAUUGAUCCUUUUGCCGACUGGCCCCCAAAAGCAAGCAGUGGUGCCAGCAUUUUAGCUGUUGGACACCUGUCAAGCACAAGCCAAAGUAUUUCUGGACUAAGUACAGGAAAUAUUGGGUUCAGUGGCAACAGUGGUUCUCUGGGACAAAUGAAAACCAACCAAAUGAGCUGGUCAGCGAAACCGAACACUACUAAUUUAAUGGCCGUGAACUCAACAGGCAAUUACUUGAAUCAGGGCAACUCAGCUCUUGGAUUUGGAAAUCCAAUUGGAGGACGGAGUACAGGGUCAUUGUCAAGCAGCACAACACAGGGUCCACCCAGGCUUGCUCCUCCUCCAUCUGCUUCUGUUGGAAGAGGGCGUGGUAGAAAUCAAGGGCAAUCGGCACUUUCACGAGCAUCACGUACUCCUCAUUCCAAUGUUUCAUCAGAGCAGCCACCUAUUCUAGAUUUACUGUAGCAAUUGAGGGCCCUCUAUCUUCGUUUUGCAAAUGUUGAAGUUCCUAUAUGGUGAGCAUCAUGCCUUUUUUCUUCCCAACCUGCUUGCGGCAGUAGUGUAUUUACAUGUCAGUUUUGCAAACUGGAUGGUCUGAGACUGAGGCCCCCAAAUGAAGCUGCUUCAGAGCCUUCCAGAGGUUACAGAAUGUUCCCUUUCUCAGGAGUCAGGAUGUCUUCUUCCACACUUGGUCCUAGUUGGACAGGCGAAACAGGAGAAAUUCUAUUUGUGUAUAAUAUAUUUGUUCAGACGGCUGUAGAUUGUAGAGUUCAUGAAUACAGUCAACAUGUUUGUUGGGAUGUUUUGAAUGCCCAGAAUGUGCCACCACUCCACCAGGUUUAAUGGGCCUCGUGCAAAUGGACCCAAGGCGAUUUACUCAGAUA